AAAGGUCCCUCUCGAGGCCGCUUACAACUCCUCCCACCGCCGUUGAAUCCGAGCUCGAUCUCGGGUUCGGCAGUUGAUCGGCUCUGUCGAUUCGAUUUAUCUCUCUCCUCGGUAAUCACCAUCAGCAGUGGAGCCUUCUCUAUAUCGCAAGCAGGCAUGGCAGGAAUAGCACCAGAAGGAUCUCAAUUUGAUGCUCGUCAAUAUGAUUCCAAGAUGAAUGAGCUGUUGUCAACAGAUGGUCAGGAAUUCUUUACAUCAUACGACGAGGUUUAUGAUAGUUUUGAUGCUAUGGGGCUCCAAGAAAAUCUUCUGAGGGGCAUUUAUGCUUAUGGUUUUGAAAAGCCCUCUGCAAUUCAACAAAGAGGAAUCGUUCCCUUCUGCAAGGGGCUUGAUGUAAUUCAGCAAGCACAAUCGGGAACAGGAAAAACUGCAACUUUCUGUUCUGGAAUUUUGCAGCAGCUUGAUUAUGGGUUGGUUGAAUGCCAGGCUUUAGUUCUUGCUCCAACUCGAGAACUAGCACAGCAAAUUGAGAAGGUCAUGCGAGCACUUGGUGACUACCUGGGUGUGAAAGUUCAUGCAUGCGUUGGAGGAACCAGUGUUCGUGAGGAUCAACGGAUUCUUUCAAGUGGGGUUCAUGUUGUUGUUGGUACCCCAGGUCGUGUGUUUGACAUGUUGCGAAGGCAAUCGCUCCGUCCUGACUACAUUAGGAUGUUCGUACUGGAUGAAGCAGAUGAAAUGCUUUCACGUGGUUUCAAGGACCAGAUCUACGACAUCUUCCAACUUCUUCCUUCUAAAAUCCAGGUUGGGGUCUUCUCUGCCACAAUGCCUCCUGAGGCCCUGGAGAUAACCCGCAAGUUCAUGAGCAAACCUGUAAGGAUCCUUGUGAAGCGAGAUGAGCUCACCCUUGAGGGUAUUAAGCAGUUCUAUGUCAAUGUAGAAAAAGAAGAGUGGAAGCUUGAGACGCUCUGCGAUCUUUACGAGACUCUGGCCAUCACUCAGAGUGUCAUCUUUGUGAACACCCGGCGCAAGGUUGAUUGGCUUACUGACAAGAUGAGGAGCAGGGAUCACACAGUCUCUGCCACUCAUGGAGACAUGGAUCAGAACACUAGGGACAUUAUCAUGCGUGAAUUCCGUUCUGGUUCCUCCCGUGUUCUCAUCACCACCGAUCUACUUGCUCGUGGUAUUGAUGUCCAGCAAGUCUCGCUGGUCAUAAAUUACGAUCUGCCAACCCAACCAGAGAACUAUCUUCACCGAAUUGGACGAAGUGGACGUUUCGGAAGGAAGGGUGUUGCGAUCAACUUUGUCACUCGUGAUGACGAAAGGAUGUUGUUCGAUAUUCAGAGGUUUUACAAUGUGGUGAUUGAGGAGUUGCCAUCUAAUGUUGCCGACCUUCUCUAAAUGAAUCUCUAUCAUAGCAUGGUAAUUAACAUUAAUGCCUUUCUAGUUUUUUUUUUGAAGAUUAUUCUUCUAGAAGUUUUAUUUGAGUGGUAAGGACCGGAACCAUUUGAACAAAUCAUUGUCCAUGCCAUCUUUUUGAAAUUUUUGUAGCUGCUGACUUGUGCUGUGUGUGUCUUGGUAACCUUAAAGAGGGAUCAUCUUUGUUAAACUUGGUUUGGUUGUUCUCGGAUAUGUAGCUUCCAUGAAGGUUUUAACUGA